GAUUGAGAGCCUUCACUAAAAAAAUGUCUGCCCAGAGACAGAUGAGGUUCUUCAGCUCCAGUGCCGAUUGGUUCCUUUCCAAGGGACCAUCCAGUCCUACCAAGCACGGAAACAUCACAGGUUUUUACUCUUUCUGGCAGGUACGUCAGAUCCAUCAGUUGCAAGCUGUGUUGACUACCACUACUUUUCCCUUCGUCUCAAUUAUGUCUUGGAGGAGGGCCUUGCGGAUCCCUGGAGGACUUCGGGCAGCAACUGUGACCUUGAUGCUGGUGAUGCUGAGCACCCCAGUGGCUGAGGGCAGAGACUCUCCCCAGGAUUUCGUGCACCAGUUUAAGGGUCUCUGCUACUUCACCAACGGGACGGAGCGCGUGCGUCUUGUGACCAAAUACAUCUAUAACCGAGAGGAGUACGCGCGCUUCGACAGCGACGUGGGGGAGUAUCGGGCGGUGACGCCGCUGGGGCGGCCUGACGCCAAGUACUACAACAGCCAGAAGGACAUCCUAGAGGGGACCCGGGCGGAGCUGGACACGGUGUGCAGACACAACUACGAGGUGGCGUACCGCGGGAUCUUGCAGUGGCGAGUGGAGCCUAGAGUGACCAUCUCCCCAUCCAAGACAGAGGCCCUCAAUCAUCACAACCUGCUGGUCUGCUCGGUGACAGAUUUCUAUCCAGGCCAGAUCAAAGUCCGGUGGUUUCGGAAUGACCAGGAGCAGACAGCUGGCAUUGUGUCCACUCCCCUUAUUAGAAAUGGUGACUGGACCUUCCAGAUUCUAGUGAUGCUGGAAAUGACUCCCCAGCGUGGAGACGUCUACAUCUGCCACGUGGAGCACCCCAGCCUCCAGAGCCCCAUCACCGUGGAGUGGCGGGCUCAGUCUGAAUCUGCCCAGAGCAAAAUGCUGAGUGGCAUUGGAGGCUUCGUGCUGGGGCUGAUCUUCCUCGGGCUGGGCCUUAUCAUCCGUCACAGGAGUCAGAAAGGACCUCAAGGGCCUCCCCCAGCAGGGCUCCUGCACUGACUCCUGAGAUGAUUUUACCAGGGAUGGGCUAUCACUCUUCUGUAAUGCCUGCUUGUC